AUGGGCCGGACACUGACAUAUCCCAAGAGGGACAUCAAUACCGUCAAACGAUAUGCGCAUCGAGCAACAUACGAUGUCGCGGCCAUCCAUACCAUCAUCAACCUAAGCCAAGUGCUGCACGUCUCCUUCAGCCCAGGCCCCGAAGACCCAUUCCCAGCAACCAUCCCCAUGAUCGGGCAGAUGGGAUCCUUUGAGUACCCCUCUGCCGACCUGGGCGAACCCCUGGAUUGCUACAUUCAUGGCUACGUCAGUGCUCGCAUGGCCAAUCUUGCGCGCCAGUCCGAAGAAGGCCUACCCGUUUGCAUUUCGGCCAGCAAAGUGGACGGACUGGUGCUGUCGCUCACUCCGUAUAACCAUAGCUACAACUACCGCUCUGCUAUCUUGCACGGUUAUGCUAAACUGGUCACUGACGAAGAGGAGAAGAUGUGGGCCAUGAAAGUGAUUACAGACUCCGUUGUGCCCAGCCGAUGGGAUAACAGCCGCACCCCGCCUGAUAAAGGGGAGUUGGCAUCCACAUCAAUUUUGAGAGUCAAGAUCGUAGCUGGAAGUGGAAAAAUUCGUGAUGGAUAUGCAUCGGAUGACAAGAAGGACUAUCAGAACGACGAAUUGACGAGUCGGGUCUGGACUGGCGUGGUGCCUGUCUAUGAGGUACUUGGAGAGCCAGUGCCGAAUCCUGAUAAUAAGGUAGCAGAGGUUCCGGGGUAUAUUCAGUCGUAUGUUGAUGGGUAUACGAAGAAGAGUAAAGAUUAUGCUCUGGGAGCAACCAAGGUGACUUUACCUAAGGAGGAGCAACAUUGA